AUUUAACACUGAAUAUUAUGUAAACUCCAAUGCAGAGAAAAGUAAUAUUAAAAGAUAAUUUUUUAUUAUAUGCUAUAUAAAAAGCUAUAUUUCCAAAUGUGUCCCCACAAGCUCGUUUGUAACACUAAAUACUGAUGGCUGUCUACUUGGUGAUUUAUUAAAAAUCUUCUGGGAAAGUAUGCAUAAAAGUUUAAUGACUUUCUAGUGUCGUAGUUUUGUGCGUAAAUAUGAAUCGAUAGCCGUCUGUGGUCCAUUAAAUCACUUUUAUGAAGCACGACGCCGAUAUCCUUCGAAACAUGAGCGCGUCUCUAUUGUUUUUGUCAGUUUUGUCGAUUACAUUACCGGUUUACACGCAUUAAGGGCGAGAAGGCGGUUAUGUUUCACUUUAAGUCGCUUCUUAAGAAGGAAGAGAUGAAGCAAUUUCUGGGUUAUGGGGCUGGUCUUCACGCUGAGGGAAGGAUGGAUGAGUUUUACUCUAGUGUCGUUUCUGCAGCUGUGGACUGACUGAUUCAACCACGGAUAAACGCAUUAUUAUGUCCAGCCUUGGGAUUAUGAAAUAUGUGGCUUUGUAGUUCCUGGAAAUCAUUCACAAGUAAACAGUGACUGGUGAAAGGACUUGAACGGAGCUUUGCAUUCUGGAGCAGUUUAGAUAAUGGAUAAACCAAACACCAGCUUCUCGAUCAGCCUACGCAUGGAUUCAGCCUCAACAUGCACCUCCACUUCCUCUUGAGGUUCCUUGUGAAUCAUCACAGCUGUGUCACUACUUGGAAAAACAUUUGUGGCACCCCUGAAAAAGUCUGACUGGCCAUUUGAUGAUUCACAUUCAGAGGGAAAGUAACUGGAAGAGCGUCAUGAGGCCUGCUGGUCUCAGUCCAGCGGCUGCACAGUUUGACCAGUGUGGACUUGUUAAUGAUGAAAAAUACCUGUCGUCUUUAAACCAAGCAGUUCACAUGGAAAGUCUGAAGAUGUGUAACUUGUCUGAGUCACCUGUGUCAAUAACAACAGAAGAUCUCGAUUUGGUCUGUUCCACAGAAAGAGCCAUUGUGUCGUAUAUCAGCGGCGUGAAGAGUGACACAUCCUACACUCUCUCGGUUGUAGAUAACCUUAGCGACACUUUGUCCCCUUCCUUAUUCUGCUCCACAUCGUCUUUCAGUGCCUUCUCUCCGUCCUUCUCUUCUCCUUCUUCUAGCCACUCAUCUGGAUCAUUAUCAGAGCUAUGUAUGACUUCUCCAUCUCUUUCAUCUCUCUGCGGUCCAUCUGAGGCCCAGGAUCUUCUUUACAGCUGCACACCGCAGCCGCAGGAGAAACCUGUAGAAGGAUGUUUGUAUCGUAAAUCUCCCAAGCAAGAACCUAUUGCUGAAUUUCAUCUUUGUAACAAGAAGCUUCAACACAAGGAAGAGCUCCUUCAGUAUCUCUGCACCGACUCAGAUGCAGCCAAGGAACACACUAAGCACCUUAACCUUCAGACAGAAGUAUCAGAAAAGCUUCCCACAUUGCAGCAGCUGAAAAAUGAUUUGGGACUUAGUGGGCUUCCUGGAGCUGAGGGAAUGAAUGAACACCUGAGUGAAGAACAGCCAUGCAGAUGGAUGGAUUGUAGGGCUACCUAUGGGCUGAAGGAAGAACUGGUGAGACAUAUAGAGAAGGUUCAUAUAGAUCAGAGAAAAGGCGAGGAGUUUACCUGCUUCUGGGCAGGAUGUGUUCGUCGGCACAAGCCCUUCAAUGCUCGAUACAAACUGCUCAUUCAUAUGAGAGUCCAUUCGGGUGAAAAGCCCAACAAAUGCAUGUUCGAAGGCUGCAAUAAGGCAUUUUCCCGUCUGGAGAACCUGAAGAUCCACCUACGCAGCCACACCGGAGAAAAGCCCUACAUUUGCCAGCAUCCCGGCUGUCUCAAGGCCUUCAGCAACUCAAGUGAUCGAGCCAAACACCAGCGCACACACUUGGACACGAAACCGUAUGCAUGUCAGCUCCCAGGAUGCACCAAACGUUACACCGACCCCAGCUCGUUGCGCAAACACGUCAAGAUCCACUCCACUAAAGCCCUGCAGGCACAGGACAAGGUCCAGAUACACAAUAAGGUGGAGCAGGAAGUUGUGGAUGUGUGCCUUGGCUUGCAGCAUCUCCAUGGCUCUACUCCUUCAGUACAGAGCCCAGACCAUAGGCGCCCUGUGUCCCUCACUGAGAUUCAUCAGGAAGGCUUUACUGGAUACCCAGAAGAGGAUGAAUCCUGUAGCAGAGCCUUAUCUCUGGAGCAGCCCAGCAGACACUGCAGAAUGGAGCACAGCAGCAUCAGCCUUCACAGCCAUCUGCACAACAACAAGCUCAGUCAGCCAAGACUUUCUCCACUGGUUUGUGGACUCAGCCUGGUCAGUGGUACCAAUGAGGUCCAGUCUGUCUCUGACAAGCACAGCUCCUUCCCAAACCCACAUCAAAAACUCAACCAGAUGUUUCAUGAAGUACCAAUAAAUCACCACGUUUUUCAGGCCACUUUUAAUCGAGCCGAGCCGAUUUCCAGCAAUGGAAGAGAUGAGCUGCAUAAUUUUGACCAAAAUGGUUUUCCUUUUACGUGUAUGAACUCCUCUGGUUACAGCCUAACCCAGGACAUGCAAUCGGGGAGUGCGAAUCGCCCCUCUCCCUGUCCUGUUCCAGUUGGGAUCUAUGAGCGCUGCCUCAGUCAGAUCUGCUCUCUAUAGAGACAAACCUUUGGUCCACUGCACCUGAGAGCAGCAGCGUAGGAACGGCAUGAAAGCAUGGGCCUUCGAGGAAGUGCAGCUCUGAAUGAAGACUGUUUAAAGAGAACUGUGUGAGGCAACGUCUUCUCAGAGAUUCCUCGAGCAGUGAGUCAAAGAUCAGAGAAACUCCUCAGAUUGGGCACUGAUGAUGAUGAUGUUGCAGACUUAUGUUUUGAUGUUAAAGGUAUAGUCCACCCAAAAAUGAAAAUUCUGUCAUUAAUUACUCACCCUCAUGUCGUUCCAAACCUGUAAGUCCUUCGUUCAUCUUUGGAACACAAUUGAAGGUAUUUUUGAUGAAAUGCGAGAGCUUUCUGACCCUGCAUAGACAGCAAUGCAACUGACCCAGAAAGUUAGUAAGGACAUCAUUAAAAUAGUCCAUGUGACAUCAGUGGUUAAACUGUGAUGUUAUGAAGCUACGAGAAUACUUUUUGUGCGCAAAGAAAGCAAAAAUUGUAAAAAUUGUAAAUAGUAAAAUAUAUAGAAAAUUGUUGACUAAA